AUGCCUCCAGGAGUUUCUAGGACGUCCUCUUUUUCUUUUGCCCUGUGGGUUCCAAGUCAGGGUCUGGCGUGUGAUGCUGGAUGUUAUUUGAUGGGAAAUAAAAUAUCCUUAAUUGACAAUCGAGCAUUUAUGGGAUUUACCAAGUUAGAGUACAUUACUUUGGCGGAAAACAAUCUUGCUUUUAUUGACCAAAAAACUUUCUCUGGAUUACCAAACCUGCGUUCUUUGGAUGUGCGUCUAAAUCCAUUUCACUGUGACUGUUUACUGGAAGGCUUUGUACAAUUUAUCAAAGAAUUUCAACUGAAUAAUUCCAUAGACACUCCAAACUGUGCCACGCCAAUUAAACAAAAAGGGAUGAGGUUGAAAGAUAUUUCUCCAACAGAUCUGUCCUGUGAAAAAUCAAGUAUGAUUGAUUUUAUCUUUUAUCUCUUACGGUUAAAAUCUGUUUUCAUGAAGAAUGAUAUGAUGUAG